UGCCAGGUCCAGGCCAGGGGAAAUUUGAUUGAUCGAUAUGGAGCAUUACGUCAGCCAAUGGGGCGGCGUUUGGGCCCCUAAAGGACCCCUAAAUGUAAGGCACAUACCCUGUAACCCUACGGAUGAUGAUUUCUUUCCCCGGAGCUCCAAAUUGGCGAGUCCAGUCUUGCAUCACAACACCAACUCACCAUGGUGGGCUUCAACGAUGCCCCUCUCAUACAGAGCAUCGCUGUCCCAGGUGUCUGUUUGUUGAUCGCCUUUUUGGGAUAUUUUUCUCAAAUCGUAUUCCGAUACUCCACGACGCUCGAACCCGGCCCUCCCACGACGCAGGAAACAGUCACUUUCAACAUUCUCCUCGCGACCCUCUAUUACACAUAUUACCAAGCUGUGACGGUCGAUCCCGGGCGAUAUGUCUUCCAAGACGCGGUCAUCGAAGUCGACGAAAAGAAGCGCUGGUGCAAGAAGUGCGAAGCCCCCAAACCACCGAGGGCACACCACUGCCGGCACUGUGAGAGAUGCGUGCCCAAGAUGGACCAUCACUGCCCCUGGACAAGGAACUGCGUGUCAUUGACGACGUUUCCGCACUUCCUGCGCUUUCUUGUCUACACCAACCUGGCGCUGUGGGUGCUGGGACGCCUGUUGUGGCAUAGAUACUACUCGUUGUGGGAAAAUCGUCAUAUGCCGGCGUACUUGGGCCCCAGUCUCUCCGCCUUAGUAGCCCUGGCGAUCAUUUCGCUCGUCCACUUUGUUGUGACGGUUGCGUUGGGCAUCAUGCUGUUCACAACGUUGAAGAGCUGGGUCUUCAAUCAGACCAUGAUCGAGGGCUGGGAGCAGGAUCGCCACGAGACCAUUGCUGAGCGAGGAGGCCGGGAUUGGUGGGACGUUACAGGCCCGGGUGGCGAGAAGUUCCGUUUCGAAAAGAUCGAGUUUCCCUAUGACAUUGGCUUCUUCAACAAUAUGAGCCAGGCCAUGGGUACCAGCAAUGUGCUCUGGUGGUUCUUCCCCUUUGCCGGCAACCCUGCGGUGGGAAAGAAUGAGCGAGGGGUAGGCUGGGAGUGGGAGGAGAAUGGUUUCAACCGCCAGACAGGCAUGUGGCCACCCCCGGAUCCUGAGAAAAUCAGACGAGCUACUCGCCAGUGGCCAGCUGGCAGGCGAGACUUUGCCGCCGAGCUGAGGGAGGUCGACGAGAGUGCGGAAGCCAGAAAGGAGGCUUUCCGGGAACGACAGGAGGCCGACAGGCGGCGGAAGCAGGCGAUCGUUGCAGAGUUGGAAGAGGACGAGGUAGACGAUGACAGCGGCGGCGACCUAGACGAUGUGCCCUAUGCUGACGAUAGAGCUCCCGGUUGGACAAACUCGGACGGCGAGCGCUUACGAGAUUACGGUGUAGACGAGGACGCCGAGGAAGGGCUGGAUGACGAUGUGCCCCUCGGAGAGUUGCUCAAGCGGCGUAAAGCACAUCGCCAGACCGACGAGCAUUGAUAAUGAUAAUAACGAUAUUGCAUUCAAGAAUUUCCAUCAUCCCACCCACGCCCUUAAUGUCUAUGACUCGUCGGAACGUGAGUCGAUCGCGGACACAGCUUGACCAAGUAACUGCACACGGCACCUCAAUAAUAGGAGGUUGAGCAUUUGCAAAAGAAUAGAAAAACGUUGGAACACGCUGAGGCUUUAUUUGAAUAUACACAACAUCUACCAGUCAUCAUCGUCGUUGUUCUGCUGCCUCUGCAUCGCGUUCUUUCUGGCAAGCAGCGC